AUGUAUACGAAGGGUACGGAGCAACAGAAGACGAACAGCAGAGGGGCUAAUGACUUUGGAGAUAGGAAACGGGCUGAUAAAGCAGGGGGAGAGUUUGCGGGAUUCCACCCGGAGGGACAGAUUCCGGGUGGACAGCCAUACCUUCUGCCCGAGACGAUACCGGGUUGCCGGGGUCCGGUGGCGAUCCGCUUGUCGUCGAUACCUGGAGGUGUUCUUGAGGAUGGCCGAGCGGGCUCUCCUCCAGGCCCAAAAGACAUGGGCAGUAACGGCGGACAGGGGGCGUCUCUCUCUCUCUACGAUGGCUUCUUCCUCUCCAAGUACAGAUGGACUAAGGGUUGGGCUAAGGACAGCGAUGAUGAUGAAGAAGUUGUCCAGGUUGACCGGGAUCACUUCAUGGAUGAGUUCUUCGAACAGGUGGAAGAGAUCCGAGUCUGUAUAGAUAAGCUGUCAGAAGAUGUGGAGCAGGUCAAGAAGCAGCAUAGCGCCAUCCUGGCAGCGCCCAACCCUGACGAAAAGACCAAGCAGGAGUUGGAGGACCUCACAGCUGACAUCAAGAAGACAGCCAAUAAAGUCCGCUCAAAAUUAAAAGCAAUCGAGCAGAGCAUUGAGCAGGAGGAGGGGCUGAACAGAUCAUCUGCAGACCUGCGAAUUCGUAAGACACAGCACUCGACGCUGUCACGCAAGUUUGUAGAGGUGAUGACCGAGUACAACACCACGCAGUCCAAAUACAGGGACCGCUGCAAGGACCGUAUCCAGAGACAGCUGGAGAUCACUGGGAGAACAACCACCAACGAGGAGCUGGAGGAUAUGCUGGAGAGUGGCAAGCUUGCCAUUUUCACUGAUGAUAUCAAGAUGGACUCUCAGAUAGACAAGCAGGCCCUGAAUGAGAUUGAGACCCGACACACCGAGAUCAUCAAGCUGGAGAACAGCAUCCGUGAGCUGCACGACAUGUUUGUGGACAUGGCCAUGCUGGUCGAGAGCCAGGGAGAGAUGAUUGACAGAAUUGAGUACAACGUGGAACACUCCGUGGACUUUGUGGAGCGGGCGGUGUCUGACACCAAGAAGGCUGUCAAAUACCAGAGCCAGGCUCGCAAGAAGAAGCUCAUGAUCAUCGUCUGCUGUACUAUUUUGGGAGUCGUCUUGGCAUCCACUAUCGGCGGAUACCUGGGCUUUUAA